GGCGGCGCUGAAACUUCAGACACGCUAAGAUCUGAGCAUCACUCGAGGAAUAAAGGACUGAAUUAAAGACAUUAUGAAACUCUGUUACCUGCUGCUGCUGUCAGUGCCAGGUCUGGUUCUGGCUCAGGGUCAGAUUCAGAACUAUGAGGAUUAUUCAGAGAUCUUCGCGGUGGAGUUUCAGACGGAGCCGACUGAACCCGGACCGCUGGACUGUCGUGAGGAACAGUAUCCCUGCACUCGUCUCUACUCCGUCCAUCAGCCGUGCAAGCAGUGUCUCAACAGCAUCUGCUUCUACAGUCUGCGGCGGGUUUACGUGAUUAACAAGGAGAUCUGCGUGAGGACGGUCUGCGCUCACGAGGAGCUGCUGAGAGCGGAUCUGUGUCGCGAUCAGUUCUCGCGCUGCGGUGUAGCUGCGCUCAGCGGCCAGUGCGGGGCGACGGGCGGCAGCUGCGCCAAGAGCUGCGGAUCCUGCUAAACACCACUCCAGCUUUAGCACAAAAACAUCGCGCGAGUGCGCAAACACAACGCCUUUCACACACACCACCGGCCAAACGUUUGUGGACAGUAAGAUUUCUUCUGCUCACUAAGCCUGCAUUUAUUUGAUCCAAAGUACA